UGCAUUGAGAGGCGGGUUCAACGCAUCUGUAUGGACGGAAACACAUCAGCGCGGAUUAGCUUCUCCUCCUCCUGCGAUGUGUCCCACAGUUCCAGUCGUUUGUCUUCUAUAAUGCAGUCUGUAGCCGCUGUAUUUGGCAAAUUUAUUUAAGAAAGUUUGUUUGCCUGUGCCACUUUGUACUCUGCUGAAGAACGUGAAAACAAUGGGCAGUCAUUCCUCAAGCUGCUUCAGUCUCUGAUUUCUAUGUAUCCCACUGAAAAGUAAUCUGAGGUCUCCGUACAGAGUUUAAGUUUGACAACAUGGCACAGGUAGAGGAGUGUCAGACUGAAGGAGAGGGCAGUCCACAGAUGCUCUCCUUGAGAUCUGAUGUUUCGGGGAAUCACGUGGAUGAUGGACAAGUGGGUCCCUCUUUAAGGAGAAAGAGAAGGAGAAAGAAGAAGGACAUGCGUCCCGAGUCCAUCAUUGUUUACCGUUCUGAUGUAGAGCAAGGGCUUGAGGAGGGGCAAAGUGGCGAGGAAGGAGCAGAGAGGAGCAUAGAGGAGGGAGCUCAGUUUCUGUGCACGCCCACGAGCGACGAUGGAGGCUGGAGCCUCCCUCCAGACAGCCGUUAUGUGACCCUAACAGGAACCAUCACCCGGGGCAAGAAGAAGGGUCAGAUGGUGGACAUACAUGUCACAUUGACAGAGAGGGAACUCAGGGAUCUGGCCAAGUCAAAAGAACGUCUAGAUGCAGAGUGUGAGGCCGGGGAAGGCUCUAAACGCACCUGUAGCUUAGGUGUGAGUCAGGGACCCCACAUUGUACUUUGGAGCCUCUCCUGCGCCCCUGUGGUUUUCUUUCUUUCCUUCAUCACCUCCUUCUAUUAUGGCACCCUCACCUGGUACAAUGUCUUCCUGGUCUACAAUGAAGAGCGGACGUUCUGGCACAAAAUUACCAUCUGCCCUUUCCUCAUUGUCUUCUACCCUGUUCUUAUCAUGCCCAUGGCGGUGUCUCUUGCUUUGUACUCGGCUGUGGUUCAAGUGUCCUGGGCUUUCAGCGAGUGGUGGCACGCAGUCCGAGACCUGGAGAAAGGCUUCUGUGGCUGGGCCUGUGGAAAAAUUGGACUGGAAGACUGUUCGCCCUACAGCAUAGUAGAGCUGCUGGACUCCGACACUGUCUCUGGCACUCUGAAGAGCAAGGCCCCCAGUGAAUUCGCUCAGACAUCGUCAGUGUGAGACUGCAGCUAGUGAUGGCUGAGGCAGAUUUACUGGAAACAUCAGUUCAUGUGCUGAUAUCAAUGUGAAUGAGGUUGAACAGACAUGUUUGGUUGAUGACACAAAAGUGCCGUGACAUUCACUUAAAUUUUGUUAGGGUUAAUGAAGAAUUUCAGGUCAGGUCUCAUCUUAGAAUUUAAAGGACUCAAAUCUGUGAAAAGAGAACGGAUUCUUUUGUUGACGUAUGUUUACUAAAUACUGUUGUGCUUUUCUGUAAAUAAUUUCCUGAACACUGCCUAAAUUGGAUGAAAGAGCCUAAUGACAAUACCUGAAUAUUAAUAUCAUCAAAAUUUGACAACAGGAAGAGUCAGUUACAUCAUCUGAGCUUUCAUAUAAUCUCGCUAAAUCAAGAAUGUCCCCCAGACUGAAUAUCAUACUUACUCAGAAGCUUCUGCAUACAGUAGAAAUUUGUGUCUCUGUAGAGAGGGUGUGGCAUUGUUAUGAUCAUUUUAAUCAGUGAAGGCUGACCCGCUAUGUGAAAAAAAACAUCCGGGUUUAUUGGGCCUCACACAGCUAAAAUAUAAAGUGAGGUUGUCACUUUAAAAAAAAUUGCGAUUCAGCAGAACAAUGACCUCAAAAAUAGUCGCCUACAGACAAGAAAAACCUUGCUAAAAACCAGGUCAACUUGUUUUUAACAGAAAUCUUGGUUUGUAGAUGCUGUUUUUUCUUCUUCUUGUAUUUAACAAACACUACGACAAAAAGAAAGACAUUUUACAUCUUUUCAAUAAGGAUUUACUGUUAUGAUAAGACUGUUGUUUCAGGUCACCGAGGUCAAAAAUAGUAAAAAUAAAUCAAAUCUUGUCCUGGCUUGUCUACAUGAAGUGUAACUUGGCUGUUACAAAGUAAAAUUGAAAAGGCAGAAAACACUAAAUGCGCUUAAAAUAUAAUCACAUAUCCAGUACUACAUAAAUAUAUAUCUCUCAGAAUAUUUAACUUUUAUUAUGAAUUGUGACUGCUUGCAAAAUUGCUACUUCUGUUUGAAUUAUUCACACAAAAUAGCGUCUUGUAACACACAUGAUGUGGUUCACGUUGUCCAGAAUUCAUAAUUAUCUUUUUAAUAAUUAAGAGACA